CCCGACCAGGGGAAUCCAGAAUAAUUCUUGCGUCCGUGUAACACAACAGUGUGUCGCGAUCUUCCUCGGCCUCUCGACCCUUUCCUCUUUUCCUGCUCCCGCUUCUCCUCCUACUCCUCCCUCCCCUUCCUCACCUCCCACCUCUCGCCUCAUCUCUCUACCCAACGGUUUUUUGCUGCUCGCAUCUACCCUAUUCCUCAACUCGCAUCUUCGCUCCGCGCGACGACGAGAAUCGACGAUACCUUCCAUUCGCCCGUUCCCCCGGUAAACAAUCUCGUCGUUGUUGUUCGGCACACGCAUACGCACCCGACUCUGCUCUGCGAUAGCCUCCACCGCAUCCGCAUCCCACUCGUCGUCACCCUGACGCACCACCUCAUCACCUAAUGUGCAAUCCACACCGUGGGCUUUGAGCUAAAAACUCGGCGCGAUGGAUCCAAGACAGCAGCCGCCACAGCUGCCCUUCUCACGCAACGCUGCCUCGCAGUACAGUCGCUCGCCUUUUCCUCCAUCCUCCACCACGACGGCCAACUCGACCCCGAAUCAAUCGCCCUUCCCCCCCGUAUCCCAUCCGCAUGCCGAGCAUCAGCGACGCUCCUCAGAAAACCCCUAUUAUUCUUCCGGCCCGAGACCCUACUCUCAAGAACCCAACAACGCCGGCCCUCCUCCUUCGUCCGGCCACUCUCGGCACCCGAGUGCAUCCUCAUUACCCCCCGGUGCGCCUCUGAAUCGCAACAUGCCUCCUCCGAGCUCGCCUCCACAGCCGGGAAAUCCCCCACCGCCGUCGCAUCAAAUGGGCCAUUACGGUCUGCCUGCGCCGAGAGCCCCACCCUUGAGUGUCGGCCACCCGAGCUCGUUCCCCGGCGGCCGUGAGCUCCCCUCUUUGAACUCAAUACAAAGGACAGGGAGCACGGGAAGCUCCAUGUCGAUAUCUUCAAUGCUGGGAGGGCCACCCCCGGCGAGAGAUUCACAGCCGCCCCCGUCGCAUUACCAUCCGCCCGCCACCUCUGCGAGCUCCGGGCCGACGUUUGCGCCGACGAUGCAGGCCUCCCCGAGGAUGCACUCUGCCUCCUCCGAGUACCAGCCCUUCCGACGACAGCAAACUCCAGAGCACGCGCGUCCCUACGACCCGAGAGGCAGCGCCGCCGCCUCGCCACAGGGCGCCUAUUCCACCACCCCCGAGGUGCAGCGGUAUGGCACGCCACAGCAGGGGUAUCACCAGCGAGGUCCGUCGGCACCGGACGGCAGAGAAGCGAACCGCAUGUCUCAAGGCCCUCCUCCCCCCCGACCCACGAGUCAACCCAAGUCUUUCCAGCAGCAGAACAUGCCUCAGCGACCUGUAGAUAUGGGCCGGAAUAACGCACCCGAGGAGAUGUAUCAACGUCGUGAGGAGGUCCCACGAGGUUCGAUGGAAUACAAUCCGGAAAGGCCAGACUUGAAGCCGAUGACUUUCGACGACCGAUAUCGGGCGGAGAGAGAGCGUCGGGAAGAAAUUGAGUUUAGGGAAAGAGAGCGAAGGGAGCGUGCAUACUCCGGGGGCGAUGGUGGACGUGGGCACCCGACCCCUCAGGGUGAGUAUCGGCCGCAGGAGGUACAGAGGGGUCAGCCCCCUCCCUUCACCCGGCCGCCGGAUCAGCGUGAACAGGGGCCGUGGCCACCUCGGCAGCAGCAACACCAUCAGCAGCCGCAGCAGCAGCAGCAGCAGCAGCAACAACAACAACAGCAACAACAUCAGCAUCAACAGCAGCAGCAGCAGCAGCAGCAGCAGCAGCAGCAACCGCCGCCACCUUUCGACCAGUCCAGGGUACCGUACGAUCCUGCUGGCCUCCAUUCUCGACACCACCAUGAAUACCCUCCCAGCUCUGCGCCCAACUACCCGGGCCAGAGUCAUCCUGCUCCCGCUCCUCAGUUCCAGCAACAGCCUCCCCCCAACGACCGAUACCCUCCCGGUCCCCCGAAUCACCCCCAGCAACCCCCGCAAGGCCAGCCUGGACAGCACCAGCAACAGCAGCCUUUCGAUUCCCCCGAGCGGCAAAGGGGCAAUCACCUACACCCCCAGGCGCAACCAGCUCCCACGCACCGACGAUCCGGCGAAGAAGGCCCCCCUCCUCCAUCGGUCGCGUAUAACACACCACACGGUCCUCCGAUGUACGAUUCGCCUCGUAAUCGGCCUAUGGACGACCAUCCCAACAACCAUCACCACCACCACCAAAGGAACUUGCUAGCGGUUCAGGAGAUCAACCGCAAGGGACGCGUCUCGCCGAUGCCGCAAGCUGUUCAGGGAGCGCAGCCACAACUACCGGGCCCUGCGGGAGAGCCGGGUAUUAAGAGCGAAUUCGGCAGGAUGUUUUCAGGAAUCGGAAGCGGUGUUACUGGUCUUGGUGUCGGCAGCCCGGUGACCGCAGGAGCUCAGUUGCCCUACACGAACGCAAGCCUUGCCCGACGCGACGAGACAGAUAGCGCCGCGCACGAAUCCGGCCCCGAGGCUGUGGCACCGAAGCCAAAGGGCAGGAGAAGAAAGCUUAAAGAGGAGGAUACGAAAGGGGACGACGAGAGCACGGGCCGGCUGACCCCCGGCGGCAGAGCAAAGCGCCCAAAGACUCAUGCACACCAUCACCACCACCAUCACCACCAUCACCACCACCACCACGGCGCCGACCACGCCAACGCCCCUACCCCCGCUCCUGUCGGCAUUACGCCAUUCAAGAACGUCAAGGGCAUCACCCCCAUCCCUUCGCCGACCACCGGACCCACGAAGGACCUGCCGGCCGCUCAUCACCAUCACGUCCCCCGGCCCGCGCACCUGCAUACCCACGUGAAGGAAGCGCCCGCCAAGCAGGCUGUGCAGAGCCCGACCAGCAUUCUCCCUCCCAAGCCCAAGACGAUUGUGACAUCUAAGGCCGUCCUUGAAGCGGUCGCUCACCGGCCCCGGACCCACCUAGGAGACGUGCUCUACGAACCGAAGCUCAAGCCCGCGCGGCAAAUACCUAACGUUCCUUCCGGCCGUGGCUUUGCCUCGACCCCGACGCCGCUCCCGUGGGAUAUGAUCAAGGACAAGGAGAACUGCACGCUCACCGUCAAGGUGCCGAAAAUACACCUCACUCCAAUAGCCAGAGAGGAGAUCACGGCGCGAAGGGCUUUGUGGGGCACGGAUGUCUACACGGACGAUUCCGAUGUUGUUGCCGCCUGCAUUCAUGGAGGGUGGAUACGAGGAGAAUGGGGCGACGACGUGGAUACCUCCCUGCUUGACCUCGAUCGAGGCCUCUCUGCCCCCGAGAAGGAAUUCCCUGCAAGCAAGAGACGCAACAAGGAAAAGGAGAAGGACGAGAAGGCGAGGCUCGAGGCGAACUCGGCCACAUACCUGGACCAGCCGCCCAAGACGGGCCCCGUCCACGUGCCUGUCGACCGCGACAUGCACGUGAGCAUUGUGAUUCUCCCACGGCUGGAGAAGUACAGCAGCACUACGCGCUUCGGUCUCCAGUCGCGCGAGUACGGCGGACGGUACAAUGGCCGCCAGUCGAUCCACGACGGCCUCAGUUUCAUGGUGACGGGCAUACGCUGGGUCACCAACGGCGCCGGCGCGCAGAGUCGCCUCCGCGGCAAGGGCCGACGAGAGCGCAUGCGGAAGGCGAUGGGCGAGAUGAACGUGGCCAGCCGCGGCCUCAACGGGGCGGCGCUAGAGCGCGAGAAGCAGCGCCUCGACAAGAUCCGAGGCGAGAUCGUCUCCGGCACGUGGUGGAAGAAGGAGAAGGGCCGCGAGAACGGCGUGGCCGACAAGGAGCACAGCUCGACCGCCGAGGGCGAAAAGGAGAACAGGUCCGGCGACGAGGCUCGCAAUGCGACGAGCCCCGCGACUAACGGCGCCACCGCCACGAAUGGCGCGUCGGCGGACAAGGCGGACAAAAUGGACGUGGACGAGACCGGCAAGGUCGCCGCGGCCGCCAAAGCGUGAAACGUCGAAACGUCGAAACUUUUUUUGUAACGGAAACGUGAUGAAACGAACGGGCGUGCAAGAACAAGAGUUGGACAGCGGAUGAAUAUGGACGGAUUCUGGAGCAGUAGUUGGGUUUUGUAGGAGUAGCGGUGGUGGUUAUAAAUACCCAUUACACACACUCACAGUCGAGUACAUGAUGGCCGGA